ACUUUUCGAACCAAUAUGCCAAAACAACUCACUGCCCUACAUUAUUCACAAGACCACAGUUCCUUCGGAUUAGUUUCUCAUUAGCUUAAUCAAAAUUUAAUCUUGUCUGCAUAGAUAAUUGUCAAAAAUCCCAUGCAUAUAUCACAUGUAAUGCUCACUUUCAGUCCUAUAAAUAUUGUUUCUUAGUAUGCAUUCACUUCACCAACCAUAUUCCAUUUAACAUUCUUAGAAAUGAACUCUUUGUGGUGCAACAGCUCCAAUAGGUCUCAGGUGAUGAGGAGCAUAUGGGUGAUUCUGGUGGUGCUGGGAGUGGCUACUUUGAGAGGAGCUGAAUGCAGAAAAGCAAGAAGAUUAGAAGAAACAUUGGAGUACUAUGCUAUAAGCUGCAGAGCCCAUAGUGCCUCAAUCACAGACUUUGGAGGCGUUGGAGAUGGGAAGACAUCGAACACCAAGGCGUUCAGAGAAGCUAUUUCUCAGUUGAGCCAGUACGAAUCAGACGGGGGGUCUCAGUUGUUUGUUCCUCCAGGACAAUGGUUGACAGGAAGUUUCAACCUCACUAGCCAUUUCACUCUCUAUCUGCACAAGGAUGCUGUCCUUCUUGCUUCCCAGGAAAUUAGUGAGUGGGCAGUCAUUGAGCCCUUGCCGUCUUAUGGUCAUGGAAGGGACGCAGCAGGCGGAAGGUACAUCAGUCUCAUUUUCGGGACAAACCUCACUGAUGUUGUUGUUACAGGUGACAAUGGCACAAUCGACGGUCAGGGUGCUCUCUGGUGGCAACAAUUUCACAGGAAAAAGCUCAAAUAUACAAGACCUUACCUUUUUGAGAUCAUGCAUUCUGAUAAUAUCCAGAUUUCCAAUCUUACAUUUCUCAACUCCCCGUCAUGGAAUGUUCAUCCUGUUUAUAGCAGCAAUAUCAUUAUCCAAGGAAUUACAAUAUUAGCACCGGUAACAUCACCAAAUACAGAUGGAAUAAAUCCAGAUUCUUGCACAAAUACAAGAAUUGAGGACACAUACAUAGUCUCUGGAGAUGAUUGCAUAGCAGUUAAAAGUGGUUGGGAUGAAUACGGUAUCUCAUAUGGUAUGCCUACUAAACAACUGACCAUCAAAAGGCUCACAUGCAUUUCCCCAUACAGCGCUGCAAUUGCAUUAGGAAGUGAAAUGUCAGGUGGUAUCGAAGAUGUCAGAGCUGAAGACAUCACAGCCAUUAACACAGAAUCAGGGGUCAGGAUAAAAACUGGAGUGGGACGAGGCGGUUUUGUGAAAGACAUAUAUGUAAAAGGCAUGACCUUGCAUACAAUGAAAUGGGUGUUUUGGAUGACAGGAAACUAUGGCUCUCACGCUGAUACGCAUUAUGAUCCUAAUGCACUACCAGUGAUUCAGGGAAUCAAUUACAGAGAUAUCAUUGCAGAUAAUGUAUCAAUGGCAGCUCGGCUAGAGGGAAUCUCAGGAGAUCCAUUCACUGGAAUAUGUAUAUCUAAUGCAACAAUAGGGUUGGCAAAGAAGGCAAAGAAGGUGCCAUGGACUUGUACCGAUGUUGAGGGAGUCACAAGUGGCGUGGUUCCUCAGCCUUGCGGCUCAUUGCCUGAUCAAGGGCCAGAGAAAGUUGGAAUGUGUGCAUUUCCUACUGAGAACCUAUCAAUUGAUAAUGUUGAAAUCAAGAGAUGUUCUUAUAGAAUGAUAUGAGGACAAGCUUGUAUAGAUAUUAUAUGUAACAGCUAAUUUUCUUCUGUGUGUAAGCAAGGACUUUAGAGGAUAAGUUAAGAAAUUCAUUCCAUGGCACCUUUUAUUUCCCA